UCCCGUCUCCAGCGCGUUUCCGGUUUAAAUCUAACUUCCGGUUCGUCAGCCGGUUCCUGUUUCUGCCUUUCACUUCCGGUGCCUUCUGUGGCGCUGCGGCAGGUUCCUGCGUCCGCCGCCGACGGCCCCACCGCUCUCCAGGUGUAUUUUUCUGAACAGAAGUUGCCUCAACAUAUGUUUUAAGGAUGGCUCUCCCUAUCAUAGUAAAAUGGGGUGGGCAGGAAUAUUCAGUGACCACACUUUCAGAAGAUGAUACUGUGCUGGAUCUCAAACAGUUUCUCAAGACCCUUACAGGAGUGCUACCAGAACGACAGAAAUUACUUGGACUUAAAGUUAAAGGCAAACCUGCAGAAAAUGAUGUUAAGCUUGGAGCUCUCAAACUGAAACCAAAUACUAAAAUCAUGAUGAUGGGAACUCGUGAGGAGAGCUUGGAAGAUGUCUUAGGUCCACCUCCUGACAAUGAUGAUGUUGUCAAUGACUUUGAUAUUGAAGAUGAAGUAGUCGAAGUAGAAAAUAGGGAAGAAAACCUGCUGAAAAUUUCUCGUAGAGUGAAAGAGUACAAAGUGGAAAUUUUGAAUCCACCCAGGGAAGGGAAAAAGCUUUUGGUACUAGACGUUGAUUAUACGUUAUUUGACCAUAGGUCUUGUGCAGAGACUGGGGUAGAAUUAAUGCGGCCAUAUCUUCAUGAAUUCCUAACAUCUGCAUAUGAGGAUUAUGACAUUGUUAUUUGGUCCGCAACAAAUAUGAAGUGGAUUGAAGCUAAAAUGAAAGAGCUGGGAGUGAGCACAAAUGCAAAUUAUAAGAUUACCUUCAUGUUGGACAGUGCUGCUAUGAUAACAGUGCAUACGCCAAGGAGAGGAUUAAUAGAUGUAAAGCCUCUUGGCGUUAUAUGGGGGAAGUUUUCAGAGUUUUACAGCAAAAAGAACACCAUUAUGUUUGAUGACAUUGGAAGAAAUUUUCUAAUGAACCCACAGAAUGGACUAAAGAUAAGGCCUUUUAUGAAAGCUCACCUAAAUCGAGAUAAAGACAAAGAACUUUUAAAAUUAACUCAGUACCUCAAGGAAAUAGCAAAAUUAGAUGACUUUUUGGACCUAAAUCACAAAUAUUGGGAAAGAUAUCUCUCAAAGAAGCAAGGACAGUAGUUCCAAGUUAUGCUGGCAGUUAUUGAAGAUACUUGAGAUCCAUGAACUCUUGCUUUUAUGCUAGAAAUCAUUAUAGUAGUGCUGGACACUGAAGCAAAUACCAGACUGCUUAUACUUGGUCUUCCAGUUUUUUGUAAAUUUAAUUUUAUAUUUUUUGAAGAUCACAGCAAUAUGCUAAAAAUAUUCUUUUUUCCCUAUGUGAAUAUAUUGUUACUCGUGAAAAAUAUUUUCUCCAGGAUUGAGUACUGAGGUGUACCCCUCACUCCCCACUCACACAAAAAAAGUGGACAGAAAUGUAUACUCAACAAUAUCAUUUUGAGAUUUUGGAAACUAUGUUUUACGUUCCUGCCUUAUUUGUGUUGUUGUUGGACUAAAUCUAAGACCAAUUCCAUCUUGAAACUACUGCUUUUUCUUUUAAAACAAACAAAAUACAUACAUUUUCAGUAAGGAACCUAGUUUGGUAUGAUUAAAAGCACCAAUUUUUUAAAAAUUCUUUUGUCAUAGACACAAUUUCUCUUCUUAUCCACUAUUGACAUUUCUAAAUUGUGAGCUGUCUGGUUGUAUGUGUGUCAGUGUUUGAGUAAAACUGGAAAAUGUCAGCUGCAAUACCAAUAUGUCAUAGUAUGAAAAAUAGAAAACAUAAGAUUGAAAUAUAAAACUAAGAAACAAGAAUGUUUCUUUUUGGUGGCUAAGUAGAAACAUUUCUGCCUAAAACCAUUGUCAUAAAAACAGAGGCAAUACAUUUUAAAAUGGGACAUAUCACUGAUUCAGCCCUAAAAAGCAUGAACAAAAGUGUUUGUUCUGUUCUAGCUAUAUCUUGUCUAAGUGCAACACUGUUUCAGUGAAAAUAUCUAGCCAUAAGCUUUAAAAAAAAUUGAAAUGCUUAAGCCUGCAGAUAUGUAAUGUGACCACUGUUUUGUGUUGACAGUAUUGGUUUAUACAGUUCUUGUAUUUGGAAGGAAUUUUAUCCUUUCAAAUGAACCUGGUGUAUAUUGUUCUUACGGGACUAUUUCAGUGGUGUAAAUAAUAAAUACCUUUUCUUAAAACA